UAUACGUUUAGUUGGAAAAGUUGUCUCAGGCACGACUACAUACAGUAAGCUGACACACAUUUGUUAACAAGAUCAUCACGAACUGCUUGCAUAUAUGUACAUUAAGACAAUAUCUUGCUAGUUACCACAAACUUGAGAAUUGCGUGAUUUUAAUAUUUACAAAAACUGUAAUGGCAUGAAAAAUAUUUAAUCUGCCAUUAUAUAUUUAGGAAGCUUAAAUAAACUAUUGACUUGAUUAUUUGGUGGCACGGGCAGAAAAUUUGACAAGCGGGCUAUCCAGGUUAAUGUCAAUUAAUUACGAAUGAAGAGUGGAGUGAACGAAGUACUUUAAAGUGGAAUAUAAAGUACAUAAAGUGUGUAACCCGUGAUAAGUCAAUGUUCAAAUCGUUACCAUGACAACGUUGUGAAGUGAGUCAUGUAAAGUACAUCAAAUUUGCACAUAUGUACAUAAAAUUUACACUAUGUGCGUAUCCUUAACAAGUUGAGCUUAGGAUUAGUACGUAAUUAGGGUUUUAAAAAAAUCAUGGGUCUAGAGAAACGAAAAACGCGUACGAAACCCGGAAAUGAAACUGACCUGGAAUUUGUCAAACCGGAAAAGAGAAGAAAGUUGAGUCGACCAACAAUUAGAAACGAUAAGGAUUGCGAAGUUUGCGGAGAAAAAGCACGAUCACAUAAUUUCGGAGGCAUCUCAUGCAAUUCUUGUCGUUCCUUCUUCCAUCACUACAGUUUGAAAAAUUUAAGACACAGUUUAUCCACGAACCAUCUUAAAAAAGAUUGCAAGUUUAGAGGAAACUGUAUAAUUGACAAGGUGUCGAGAAAAAAGUGCCGAACAUGUCGAUUUUUCAAAUGCAUGAAAAUUGGUAUGGACCCCGCUUGGGUCAUAUCAGAUUACGAAAGGACACAAAAGUUAAAAGGAAGCAAAGUGAGUGAAUCUACUCCGUUGCAAGCUGAACAAUCACUUGAUUCCAAAACUGACCAAAUUAGUGAAGAAGAUGCCAAAAAGAUUGCAGAUAUUUCUAAAUAUUAUAAAACGGCGUGUGAUUUGAUGCCAUAUAAUUACGUGUCGCGAGAGGAAACUGAGGUUUUGAGCGUGACUAAAAUACGAAUAAUUUAUAUUGGAGUGAUUUCCACUGCUAUUCGGAGAUUUGUCUGUUUUGCGAGAAUGAUUCCGGAAUUUGAAAGACUUUCGUUACACGAUAAAACCAAUUUAUUGAGGCGGUCGGUUGUUGAGAUGGUAAUUCUUCGCGAUGUGGUCACCUUUGAUUUCGAGAAACGCAAUUUUUACGCAUCCGAGUGUCCCGACAGAUAUCCUUAUGUUCGAAUGGACGAAUGCGUCGGACUAUGGCCCACAGAUAUUGUCGACAUGUAUCUUCAUCUUUACCGAAGAAUUCGGACCCUGGCCCCAGACGAGGCAACCAUAAUGCUCAUGAUCCCUCUCGCCUUGUUUUCCGAUUGUGGAGGAAACGACAGUUGUUCCGAGUUUGAUGAUAGACAGGAAAUAAAUAAAAUACAAGAAUUCUACGCUGGACUACUGGAGAAAUAUUUAAAGUGGCUGCAUGGCGAGGAAAAGGGAAAGUUGGUUUUUCCCAGGCUCUUGUCCCAAAUGGUGGGAAUAACCACCGUUAGCCAAUUGCAUCAGGGUCUUCCCCUCAACUUGACUGACGACCAAGUGGAUAAAAUGCACCUGCAUUUAUUAGAACUUCAAAAAUUGGCAACGACGCCGAGUUCGAAUGAUACAUACUUUCAAGACCAAUCGAGUUUGCGACAAGAAGAUCGGGGUCAAAAAGUAAAUCAAUGUUGCCAGAAAAAGUAUACAACAUCAAUGUCAAAUAUUUCAAAAAGUUCCGAACCAUCUGAAAUCAAUGAGCAUGUCAACCACCCAUCCCUGAUCCACACAUUCUCAAAUCAGCCAGGGCAGUGGGGAAUUAAACCAUACUUCUUUGAAAGUGGUCCCCACCAGGGUAUAGAAAAAGCCUUCAUGCGUCGAAUGACGGAACUGGUGGCAAACCCGUGGGAUUCUUUAGUCAGCGAUGUCUCAAGAUUAUCAAUGUCUCCAACCGAGGAUGAACUGUGUGAAAAUAAUAUUUAGCGCAUUUAUAACCCAAGAAAGUAUUUGUAAAUACAAACUCAAGUAUUUAUGUUGUAAUUUACAUAUUUGUGUGAGACGAUAAAUCUUGUUAAGAUAAAUCCACAAAUCUCAGCAAUUUUAUUAACAAGUUAAUGAUAUGCAUAUGCAGACACUAAUUGGUAUCUGAAUUUGAUGAAAUGUGAAGUUUAUGAAAUUCUCAAUAAAAAUGCCUCCUCAUGCAGCUUGUUUACUGUAAA